AUGAAGGUUGGGGAGAAGGCGACGUUGGAUAUUUCUAGUGAUUAUGGAUAUGGAGAGCGGGGAUUUCACGGCCACAUUCCUCCGAACGCGGAUUUGAUCUUUGACGUAUAUCUCAAGGGUCUCCAGUAG